GCGAGAAAUCACCCUGCAAUAUAUUAAAAAGCUGGUCCAAGUAAGAUUACAGCACCACCUGUUGCUUCCGCACAAUCCAGUAUGCAAGCUAGAUGGUCCUGUUGUCAGAGAUGGUGGUCGAAGGACCAGUUAAAGAUAGUCCAUGUGUGCAUUCGUAAAGGGGACAGAUCGUCAUACCAGGGCGCACAGGCGUCCCUUUUUUUUGUUUGCCUAGGAUCACGUUGUUCGCGCGCCCACGAUCGAAAAAAAUAAAAUAAAAAAAAAUAGGAGC